AUGCCAACUGCUAUCGUGACUGGUGCCACUGGUAUCACCGGGAGUGCUAUUGUCCACCACCUCCUCAAGGAUUCUUCUUACGAGAAAAUCUACUCUUUUUCACGCAGUAGCCCGGGCGUCGAGCACCAAAAGAUCCAGCAUGUCAGUCUCAACCUUCAGAGCUCCGCGGAAGACAUGGCCCACAGUCUGCAUGGUAUCUCAGCGGACUACAUUUUCUUCUGUGCAUACCUAGCCAAAGAAGACCCAGACGAACUGUCCCGGGUGAACAGUACGCUCCUGUCCAACUUCCUUAAGGCACUGGCGAUAUCCGGGGCAGAUAAGAGGUUGAAGCGAUUUAUCUUGACGUGCGGGUUUAAGCAGUACGGCGUCCAUCUUGGGCCGGGCAAGCAACGCGCAUUGGCGCAAGGGCAGUGGGAGUGGGUAAUCACGCUCCCCGAGGAUGUUCUCGGCUAUGCUCGAGGGAACUUCAUGAACGAGACUACCUCGAUCGGACUCUACUGCGCAGUGAGCAAGGCGCUGCCAGGGUCUGAGCUGCCGUAUCCGGGUAGCAAGGCCAACUAUUUCACGUUCAACUGCUGGACCUCCGCGAACCUGCAUGCGAGGUUCUGUCUCUGGGCUACUUCAGCCCUCGGAGCAGGGAACCAGAUUUUCAACGUGAUGAACGGCGAUACCGAAUCGUUCCAAAACUUGUGGCCCCGGCUAGCACAACGAUUCGGAUGCAAAGUCCCCGACCCCCUGUUCCCGAAUGGGGGCGUGUCCCAUUCGGCGGGUUAUAAGAAGUAUGAAUCGACAACCAUUCCCCUGCACAAUAAGCCGCCCCUCAAGAUUCAGGCGUCCACCCUGGGGCUUUCUUCAGACCCGGUUGUGGACCAACCAUCGACCUUGUUUCUCCAGGUAGACCCCAUCAGAUGGGCGCAACGAGCGGAUGUCAAUGAAGCGUGGGCAAGGCUGCGCGACAAGUAUUGUCUUGAUCAGAAUGCCUAG